AUGGGCAAUGCUCAGUCCGCCGAGGCGCCCCGGAGGGCCUCCCAGAGACUGUCCAAGCCGAAGACGGGCAAUCAUGCGACAUCUGGCCUGCUGAGCCCCGGUGCCUUUUCGAAUAACUCCCGCCGUUAUUCCAAUGCCCCGCUGCCCAACCCUCCCGCACCAUCUUCAGCGGUUGUCUCGACGCCAACAACGUCGUCUGCCGGCGAGGUAUCGAGCGGUCUUGGCCAGCACAUCGACGGUGUCAUGCCGUCGCAUCCAGCGCCGGCCUCACAGAAAGAAUCCAAGCGGAGGAGCUUGUUCCGUUCUAGGUCAACUCGCGCUGCUGGUUCCACUCAGCCGAGCCAUGCUGGUGGGCUAGGCUCGCGAAUAGCGGACAGGAUGAGCAGGACUAGCUCCAUGACAUACGAGUCUGCAGUGGCGUACUAUGGACAGACAAAUCCUGAGAGUCAGUUGCCACGGGUCGAAUCUCACAAGUCGUGGAACUACGACUUGACCUCGUACGAAGCAAAACGCCUACUCAAUUUGGCCGAAGAACCGCAGCUCGAGCACACCGUAGCCAUGUCAGAAAAUAGGGCGAUGACGGUCACGGAAACCACGUGGAAGAGUUCAAACCCGGCCCACCCGCCCAGCGCACCGAUUACCCGUACAAACUCCGACGCCUCGCUGUGUAUGCCGGUCCGGAGACGGUCUAUCAUUCGAACCCCCGGCGUAGCCACCCGGUCGAGUUCCAUGCGUGACAUUCCUCCCCCGCCACGCCCCAGCGUCCGCCAUAGCCUCCCCCCAACGCCGAGCUUGUCACGGCAACACUCGGUGGAGUCGUACAGGAGCGGCAUUAUGUCAAUGCCACCCCCCAUUCUCGAUUCGGAUUCCGUGAUGCGAGUGGCCACCCCGUGUGAAGACAAGUAUUUGUCCAUUGGGGCUUUCAAGCUUGGUUCGCUACGCAUCACGAACGGCUCUCCCAGCCCAGUCACCCCGGACAUCGAUAAUGCUCAUGAAAACGGUGGCUGGGGUGCAGGCCAUACCGUGGCACGGGAUAACUACGCUUUGAGGGCACAGGGCAGCGAGGGUGGUGUCACCACUGUUGUCGAGGCGCAAGAUUCCAUACCGUCUCCCAAGUUUCUAAAUCAGAUCCGCCAGAGCCCGUCCUCAUCGCCAACCCAGUCACAGCCGAUGAGUCCUGCACUCCAAACAACGUCAAAAAUGACGGCACAGGAGGCUCAACUUUUUGAUCUCGAACCAUCUCCAGAAUAUUCUUCGGUUGAGGUUUUGGACGUUCGCCUAGAUCCCAACGCAAAACCACCACAUACGCAGACCGAGCGGCCCGCGGGUGCUGGCAUGACAAGGAAUGAUAGCGGCUUCGUUUCUACCGAGAGUCCAGCGUCUGAGGCUUCCUGCAAGCUCUUGGCCAAAGCGGAUUCCGGGUACAGUUCAAACGUAUCCCUGCGCUCGUUCCAAGUCAAACCUCGAGGCUCUGCGAAUCGUCUAGUGCCGGCCGCCUCAGAGAAGCAACCACCGCGAUCAUCGAACCCUGGGGGCGGGCCGAUGGGUUCGGGGAAUCAAAACGCCUUGCAUCAGACUGAUGUGCUCUACCCAACGACCCCCGAAAGGGAAUCGCCGCCGCCCGUACCCCCAAAAGAUGCCGCUCGGUAUUCUUCAGUUCCCCAGCCAAGACUGAACGGUACUCAAAACACAGUUCCCGUCGACACAUCGGAGGAGAGUAGGGCGAACCCAACCCGGACAGCGAUGCACGCUCUGAGCCCCAUUGCCACCCGGGUGCCUCGACUCAGAGGGCCGAUGUCACCGGGAUCUGAGCUCCGCAGCCCAGACAGCUCCAAGUCGUCUAUCUCGGACAAGCCAGGAUCCCCGCGCGCUCGGCAACCCGGCCGUCUACAGCGGCUAUUAAGCGGAGCUCGUCGUUCCACCGCUAGCCCGCCAACAACCCACGUCACGCACACUCCCGAACAAGACAGCGUUCGGCCUUUGCCCCAAGCGGUCCGGUUUCCUUCAGCAGCGAAGAGACUGGCAUUGAAAUCACGCUCCAGCCUCGAUACUCUGAGAACGAUUUUCAGUGUCGGAAGCACCGAGGCUAACCUUGACGCGAUAAACACAGCGGAUGGUCUCGACCCUAUUUUGACUUCCAGCACCAACCCUAUGGCACAUGCCCUUACAAGAAAGCCGAUAACCCGAAAACCGGUUCCAAUUCGCCAGGAACUAACGGCAGACGGCACUCAAACUGCCAGCAACAGCCGUGCGAAUGGCGACAGCUAUGCCAUAUCCCCGGCGGACGCCCAGGCUCCCGUGCUCCCCGCGAAGUCGAGUAGGAGGACCCUGAGCCUUACAUACCUUGGGGAGCGAGGAGCGGCGCUGGACCGUCGCGGGUCUGACUUGAGCUUCAUCCACUCCACGGCAGACCUUCCUUCCCCUCCACUCCCCAGCCCAGUUGCUAAGGCAGUGUUGGCUGAGAGCAACAGUGGGACGCUCCAGCCGGCCACCACACUGAGGCGGCCCUUGUCCCUUCGCGUGCCGCCUAGUCUCAGCCGCAAAGCCAGCCGCGAGAGCAUCCAAAGCUAUCCUGUUGCACACGCCCUCACGAACAAAUCCAGUAUGGAGAGUAUUCAUAGUCGUUCCUCGAGCCAACCCGGUGUAGGAAGCAGUUUUGCACACUCGAGGACGCACAGCGGAGUCUCCAUGGACCCCCGGCGGCUCCAGUCAUUCCGGCAGCGCAGUCCUCAAACUUCGCCCUAUAAUUCUCCGGUUCGAGAGACACAGGCCGAUCAUGGUAUGGCAGGCCAAGGCUCUCAAACUUUCUCUAGGAGCAGCAGUCGCCACAACUCUAUCUCUUCGAUCCACAGCGAGGGUGUUUAUCGCUCCAUGAACGCCCAGGGGUGGCAAAUCCGAACGGCCCAACAAACCCUCAAACACCGCGCAAGCUUCGAUGGCUACGGCUACCAGCAGUGGUUCCCCCAAGCCGGACACCCUCCGUCCAUGUCGAACGGCUACACUACCCCCACCAGGCCGUCAUAUGGCCUGCACAAUAGCGGGCAACUGGGUGCCGCUGCCACGUGGAGCAGGAGCCAGGCCGAUGCCGCUGCCGGGCAGUGGUACCAGAGCGGGCAGAAUCCCCCCUAUACCCAGGUGGCCGCCUCCAGGUGGAGCAUAUUCAUCCUGAUUUCCGUUCGAGCAAGCUUGCGCAGACAGCCAGCGGCUGAGAACAGGACCACAGGACUGUUCAUACAUUUGGAUUUUGACGGCGAGGCCCUUGUUCGUUUCAUAUGUCUUUUUUUCUGGAUUGGCAGGAGUCUCGUUACUUAUACCCUGGAGACGCGGAUUUCUGACAUGGCGGAUUGA